UCAGCAGAUCCCACCAUGUUUCAAUCAGGGGAUGUGCUCGAUGCGUAGAUGCAGUAUAAGCACGAAGACGGCGAAUCUGUUGUUUCUGUAACACUCAAUUUCAGCACAUAGAUGGUUAGAUAGUUAGAAAAAUGACGAUGACGAUGACAAUUGGAAACGAUGGAUUGUUGCAAAAUCCCUUCACGAUGUGGCACGAUCAAGCAGAUGUGGUUUCAAUCCCGUUGGCUCCUUGCCAUUUGGCUUCGGUCGCCGUUUUUGUGUAGGAACUAAAUGAAUUACUGGUGAGAAUGGUUUUUGGUCCUUGUGUGCACACACGGGUAGAUGUUGCUUUUCCCCACUUGUCUUCACCCUGCUGUUUAGCCUUUCUCGAGUAAGAGGUUUCGGUGAAGCUCUUUGACCAAGACCUCAUCUCUUGUAGUAGGGAAUUGGGUUUUUGUUUUUUACUAGGCGAAAUCGAGUUCGGGCUCUGGUUAGUGAGAAGCGCAGAGUAGUUACUGAUUGCGUACUAUUUGCGUGGGUGUGAGCCCAGGGAGUUGGGCUAUCCGAUUGCGGACCAGAGAUUGGCAAUCAGAGGUUUGAGAUCCUGUGAGAGGGAGUUUUCGGUCUAGGUACCCACAUGCGUCUCUAUUAUCUCAUCACUGGAGCUCUGGUAACCUAUCAAUCCGCGUUCUGGAAUGCGUUUUGCGCUUGCGCUUUAUUGGGAUAGAUUGGACUCCAAGGGCGAUCGUGAAUUCAUCGCGGACGGAUGUGAAGUUUUAGGGUUGGCUCUCAGUUGAAGGCCUUGUCUCUGUGAGGAAAGAUCAAUGCUCCUUAUGCGGUGCGAAAGGAUUGAAUGCGGUGGUAUGGCAGCUAGGGCGCAGUAAAUUCAGCCCGUGGUUUCCAGUAGACGAGUUACGCCGGAAUCAUUUGAGACCUGGGGGGACCAAACAUUAUGCUCAUGGCCUGUUGUGUAUUGGUGGUCAAUCAGCUAAUCAGAGGACUUCAUUCGACAAAUGAUGUACCUAGAAUGUAUAUGACCUGCCAUUGCCUGUCUUAUUUCUUCAUAGAGAGGUUUCUUUUCAUGGUGAUACAAGGUGGACCAGAAAGUAGAAUAAUCUUCUACUUGUUCAAAUAAUGCACGCCAUGGUCUGAAACUCGGGCAUCCGUUUGCCAUGGGAGUGACUCUGCAAGCAGUCUUUCUAGCUUCCUGUGUAGUGUUCGGGCCCAUGGCAAUGGCGGGUUAUCACUUGACUCGCAACCGCGUUUUGUUCUUCAGUGGAUCACUCUUCAUUCUGCUUGCAGUAUCGGUUCACGUCUUCCCCUUCUUUCACACGCCCUAUUUUAACUCCUCUACACUCCCAGAAGAGCAGGCAUCUGCCCAAGUGACACCCACAGCCUUUUUGAAUGUUACGCUCAGAGACUACUGUAUCUCCAAUAUUCACAAGGUGGAAUUCUCUGAAAUUGAUAAACCUCAGCUAGACGAGCAAAUAUCCAAUCAGACGGAUUGGGAUCACUUUGAGUGGCGUUGGCAACAUGAAGCUUUGCAUCAAUGUAAAUAUCAGAAACUCGACAGAGAAGACGCGCUUGAGUUGCUACAGGGAACAUGGAUUGUGAUCGCUGGUGAUUCUCAAGCUCGCCUCCUAUUCGUGGCCCUGAUGGAGUUAAUCCUGCCAUCUAUUGAGGAUUUGAGGCCUUAUCUUUUUAAAAGACAUAGCAACUUCGAGUACAAUUUGGAAAGCCAUCACAUUCUCAUGGAGUUCGCUUGGGCCCCUUAUACUACCAACUUGACACGAAUGGCGAAGGGUUACCGUCAGGAUCAGAAACGCCCGGAUAUUAUAGUUUCGGGUGUAGGCCUUUGGCACAUGUUGCAUUCAGGAAAUUACACCCAGUAUGGCAAAUCUCUUGUGAAGCUAAAGCAAGAGCUUGGCUUCCUGCUGAAUGAUCCCAUUAGUGCUACCUCUGAGGAGGCUCUGACAGUGCAGCUAUUUUGGAUGAAUUUACCAACUUUGGCACCAUCCUUAUAUCAAAGCGACUUGAAGCGUGAACGUAUGACAACUCAACAAUCGCAGUUAUACACAAUGGAGGUCCUUAGGAGUGAGAUUGCUGGUACGGGAGGCUUGACAACACUACUAGACAUUCAAACGCUGAGCCAUGAGUGUGGUACUCGAUGUACCCGUGAUGGCAUUCAUUACAGCCAAGCAGUCUACAGAGCUGCAUUGCAUAUUAUCAUCAACAAUUUGCUUAUCACCACCAAGCAGACUCCGAUCCCGUAGCAAACAAUACCGGGCGCUUGAUGUUGACAGCGAGAGUCAUUGUUGCAUUCAAUUUGCGAUCCACAAGAGAAACUUCGGGUUGUACAUGCAAUCUGGAGUCCUCUAAAUAUAAGUGGUAUCAAAUAUGCCACGUAUACCCUGCGACCCUUCUCACGGAGGAAAAGCUUAGUUGGGAUCGAGCUAAUCAGAGCACCAGUGUUGCAGUUGGCGAGCAGUAUUCACACAAGGCAGCGUUCCCAGUCAAGUGUCACCACCAGAGAAAUGCGCAUGAGGUGAUUAGCAAUGUUUUCUUAAUUACAAAGAUAGUAGUCAUUGUCGCGGAUCAUUUUUCUUAGGCCUUGGUUACAUUAACUGUAACCACAAGGUCUGACAUGAAUCCUCUGUCAUGCUCUUGUGUUGUCAUGAAGGGCAUCUGCCUUACGGCGUGCUGUGACAGCGCUUGGGCUUCUGGUAGUCUUUUGAUACGAUUACUGUGGUUCUUGUUUAUUCUGUUUCACUGUGCUUUCGGUAGCUGCGCAAAUAUGACAUUGAUGACAGAAGGAAUGCCAUAAAACAUAAGCACUCAGAAAAUAGCGCCUUUUUCUAUUGGUAACACACAUGGUGAUUAGUGGGAAUUCAAAUGUUUUUCACGAGUGAUAGAGCUUUUCGGAUCACUGCCGUAAGUGGAUAUGUUGUUUCC